AUGGAAGGGGGAUUUCCCUCAACUUCUUACCUUUCCUUUCUCACCGUAGUUUGGGUAGAACUAAGCCGAGCAUUUGUGCCUGUUCGUUCAAAGUAUAAAAAGCGUUUCUAUCGGGGCAUCUACAUAACCGACGGCAUGGCGGCUCACAAGGAUGAUGUGCUCGUCAGGCAGUUCAAAUUGGAUUAUUUCCCCGGAGUAAACGUGUCGUGUAGUUACGAAAAUUGCGACAAAGUGCUGCGAGCGAUGUGUGAUGGCACGGUGAUGAUUACGACAGAAAACGUAGUACCAGACUUUUCGCUUCCGGAAAUGGUGAAGGCGUACGAAUGGCGCAAAGACGUUCCCUUAUACAAAUUGACAUUUAACGUCGUUCCUUUCGAACCUAGCCGCAAAUUUAAAUUAGUCGAACAGAUAUGA